AUGUUAAAUACAUCUUCAUAGAGUAGAUCAAUAAAUGAGAUACCUAAUUAUGUUGUAAUUGAUGAUAAAUACAUAAUAGUGAAAAACAUCUAUAAAGGAAACACCUACAAUUUAUACAUAGGUAGAGAUUGAAAGCCUAGCUAGCUGUUAAAAAAAAAUGUUCUGAUGAUUAAAACAAGUUCGUAUUGAUUAAAAUGAGAAGGUAGCCAAUUCCAUAUAUUAAAGAACUAAUGCCACAGAAUAGAUUUUUGAGUAGUACUUCUUGAAUAAAUUAAAAGACAGUAUAGUAAAUUCCUAUAUAGGUAAAUGCAUUACUAGAAUUCUAUCCAUGGGAGAGUAGACAAUUAAAGAAUAACUUUAUCAUUAUUAAGUAAUGGAACGUCAUGGUCCUUCUUUAAAAUUAGUUUACAAUUUUUUAUCCAAAAACAUACCUAUAACUAUACUUUGUCUUAUUGCUAUUCAAACUGUAUAUAUUUAAUAUUAUAUAAAGCUUGUUUCUCUGGAAUAGAUCCAUAAAUAAUUGAUCAUACAUCGUAAUAUAAGGCCAAAAAAAUUGUUAAUAUCACAAAAUGGAUCUGAAAUUUUGUUGACAGAUUUUAAGUUUGCAUGUAGAUAUCGAAAAUAAUAAAAAAACAUUAUUGUUAAUGAUAAUUUACGUAAUUCUUCAAAUAAAAGAUUUUUAAAUAAAUUUUCAAGCUUAAAUCAACAUUUAGAUUAAGGUAUAAUCUUAAUUAUUAGAAUUUAGUUUCUUCUCCAAAGGAUGAUCUAGAAUCUUUAGCAUUAAUCAUAAUUUAUUAUGGAGGAUUUGCUUCUGUCUUAGAUAUUCAAGAUGAGAACAAAGGAUUAAAAAUUAAAAAAUUAGAACAUNUUUAUGAUUCCCACCUUAUUUGA